UUUCUAAAGGCAUCCACGCCAAACGCGACCUUAUUGGUUACCACUCACUCACCCUUUUCUUCUAUCUGCGACCCCAUUGAGACUUGAUAGACUCUCACAGCUCCCAAAUUCCAAAGCCAAUUUUUCUCUUUUUGUUUUGUUUUCUUUUUGAGGGGUGAAAUUUCCAAUCUCCAAGAAGCAGUGUUCUUAUUCUCUUUCUAUCAAAUUCACAGGGGUUUGAUUCUCUGGAACCGUUUCACAAUUUGGGUUCGUGCACCUUCAGCAAGUGUUUGUGUUUAGGUUUAGGUUUCAUUUGGAACAAACGCAAAGGAUGUAUGCUGAUCGGGUGGAGACUGGAACUCGGAGGUCAGUGAAAGAACGUCUUGAUGGGAAUUUCCUCACCGAUUCUACUCGCCAACAUAAAGUCACCGGAAAGAGGCAGAGGCAAGAUGACAAGUGGAAACAUGAUCUCUAUGACGAUGAUGAACCCCAGCUCUAUAAUCGCAAGGUCACUGCUCAAGAUCUUCGUUUGAAGCUUCAAAAGAAAGGCCUGCAUCCUGGAGGUCAAACUGGAAAGAGUUCUGUUCCUGUUGAGAGGGAUCUCCGUGAAAGGCUAUCAGGGACAAUGACUCCACAACCUAAAAACUAUGACCCACCAAAGCCCAAAGUGACUGCUAAACCAAGCAGUAAAAGUAUAGAUGUUGAGACCCCUUCAGUACAUGUCAAAAGAUCAGCUAACCCAACUCCUAAAAAGGUGUCCCGAAAGGCUGACUCUUCACUGGAUGAAUUUUUGCUGUCACUGGGUCUCGAAAAGUAUCUCAUAAGUUUUCAGGCUGAGGAAGUUGAUAUGACUGCACUCAAUCAUAUGACGGAUGAGGAUCUGAAGGCCAUGGGUAUUCCAAUGGGACCGAGAAAGAAGAUACUUUUAGCCUUGGAGGCAAAAGGCUGACAUCUUGCUCUUGUAUUUGUAUACCCUUGUUAUAACUUACUGCACAUUAGAAGGCUUAUAAUUAUGUUUAUACUUUGAACCUGGUCAAGCUUGCUUGUAAUUUUUUAGAAAUCCUUUUGGUGCUUCUAUUACCAUUUCAAGUUAUUGACAUUGAAAAGUAGGAAAUCAUGAAAAUUAAUUGAUAAGAGUUUUUCUGUUUAGCUGGAGGGACGUGGUUUGAUGGGUGAUGGUGGUGGUGGAUGCUUUGUAAAAUGAAGUUUGCCUGUUUUCCUUUUUUUACUUUGAAACCAAACAUCCUUUUCCUUUUUAAUGUAUUCCCUUUAUGAUU